AUGGCCUCCAAGAAUGUUGACGGUCAAGAAAAAAUGUCAUGGCCUCCAAGACAUGAGACAAUAUUCAUACAUCUAUUGCAUGAACAUGUGAAGAAGGGUGACUUGCAGACAUCAACUUUUAAAAUGAAAGUUUGGGCAGAAAUAAGUGAUGAGUUGUAUGCACAAUGUGGACUAAAAUGCACUAUUCCACAACUUAAAUCUAACUUUAAUAGAUUGCGAAAAGUGCAUCGGUACUUCUCAGACUUGAUUGAGCAUACAAUAUUUGGGUGGGAUCCUAUUGCAAACACAGUGACUGCCUUAGAGGAUGUUUGGGCAAGUUAUUUGAAGAGUAAGCCAAAAGCGAAGCAAUUUCGCACGCAAGACUUAGAGGACUAUCAAGUUUUAGGGGAGAUAUUCAACACUACUAUUGCAACCGGGCGGUUGCAUUAUGCCUCUAGUCAACUUCCUCCUAACUCAGAUGAUAAACGUGAGUUAGAAAACAACUUCCUUAACACCGGAGUUCACAUCGAUGUUGACUUGGAUGAUGAUGGUGACAAGCCUCAACUUGAAAAGGAAAAGAGUCUUGAGGCAUCUAGCACCUCUAAGGAGAUGUAUUCGAUUGAAGAAUGCAUAGAAAUUUUUGAGACAAUGGGAGACAUUGAUAACGAUACAUUCAACAAGAUGCUAGAAAAGAUAGUGCUUAUUGAAUGGAGGAAAAUCUUUGUUACAAUGCCAGCAGCUAGGAAGAGAGCUUGGUUGGCUAGUCUUUAG